UCUGGUCUACAUUUCUGUUAACAGGAAAAGCCUUCACGGUGCUAGGUAUUUGUCGAAUGGUCAACAGUGUCUUGUAUUCCGACCUCUGUUUUUCAGAGAGUUAACCAGGUCAAUGUUUAACUGGAUUCUUUGGGCCUGGAAUGGCAAAGUAGGAGUCUCCAGGGAAACCAGUCUCCCAGGAAGUGACCAGAGAGUUAGUGUGUGGUGAAAGAGUCAGAAACAUGUCAUGAAGAAGAGGACAUCUUUGCAAAGCUAGGGUAACUUCUGGAAUUCCUUAAUUGAAACGAGCUACAUGAAAUGCCCUGGAACUACCUUUGUGGUAGUUUCCCUUUGGACUUCCUUAGCUGGAAAUGGGUCUGAGCUACUCCAAGACUCACCAUAAGGUGACCAAAGUGGCACCUUUGCAAAGCGAAGAAGCAGAGACUCCCUCAACUGGCCCUCUGAACUUUGUAGUUCAUCAUAACCUGGAAGAAGAGAAUCUGCAUUUGUUCCCAAGACCGCCAAGCCAGAAGAGAGCUUUGGAAGGGCAGCUGCCUCCUCUUCGGGAAAACUGGUAUGGAGCAUCCAGGGCCAUGUGUUUUGACAUUCCACUGGAACCUGGAGAAACAAGUAUUAUUAAAAGGCAUCCACCACGAAGACUUCAAACGCUUCAACCCACUGCCCUGCCACAAGUCAUGACCUCUGAAAGGCUCCCGCGCCCGCAAGAAGCCAGGAUGAGGCACAGAGCAAAGCAGGAACUGGAAAAGAAAAUGCAAAGUCCAAUGUAUACAUCUGGGAAAAGACAGUAUUUACAUAAGAUGCAAAUGCUGGAAAUGAACCGUAAAAGACAAGAGGUCCAAAUGGAACUGAAGAAAAGUCUUCACAGGGAAGCAAAAAUGAAUAAGCAAAAACUGAGAGACCAUAAGGCCAAAAAAAUACUUCAAAAUUUCCCCAGAAAUGAUGACUGCAGCAUUGUAACCCUGUUGCCUGACGAAACUGUGAGCAGAAGUCUAGGAAAUUCACAGGAUGCCGAAUUUUUGGACUAUCAAGCAAGAAACAACUAUUGCCCUUGGAAAAUGGGCAAAAUGGAAAUGUGGUUCCAUGAACAAGAGGCUGAUGGGCAUCUUCUCUGGGACAGUUCAAGCUCUGACUCAGAGGAACCAGGGAGAGAGGAGAAAAAACCUCAGCCACUGGUGAGGACCAGGACAGAGAAAAUUCCACUUUUUGAUGAGUUUUUUGAUCAGGAAUAAGUAAGUUACUCAUGAACAUGGAUGGUAAGGAUACGUUUGAUUUUCAAACAAAAUUCUUCAAGUUAAUAUAUAAGUUGCUGUGAGGAAAGCAUUUCACUUUGGUAAACAGGUUAUCAUUUGGAGGUUCCUGGUUAACAAAUUCGUCAUUUAUGCUAUUAACUUGCUACUCAAAACCGCCUUUCUGUGGGUGGCUGGAGUCAGCAGGGUGGUUCUUCUGCUGAUCUCUUUGAAAUCUCUCAUGUAGUUGGAAUUAGAUGGCAGCUAGAACUGGAGUCAGCUGAAGGCUGGACGAGGACUGACACUGCUGGACCCUGGCUACUCUCCAUGCGGUCUCGAGCCUCUUCACAUGAUCUCAACAGCAGGGUAGUGAAAUUUCCUUCACAUAAGCCCAGGACUCCUGAAAGCAACUGACCCAAGAGGAGGACUCAGAAGUCCAGUCACAGAACUGGCUCAGCAUCACUUCCUGCAUGUUCCGUUGGCUAACCCAAGACAUACAGCCAGAUGCUUGCCAAUGAAGAGUCUUCAUGAGGGCACAGAUGCCAAGUGUGAUCCUUUGCGAUCCAUAUUGGACUCCUGCCACCACACCAUGGUUUUACAAGUGAAUUAGAUCACAGGAAAAAGAAGAGAGUAGAUUAGAGUUUUUGAAGGAUAGUCACAGUUAUGCUCUACUAGACACUGAAAUCAUUUUAGGCCACAUUUUUGUGAGUUGGCCAUAACAGAGAGGCUUCAAGACAGGAAUGGAAUGAUGUCAAGUGUGGAAAGCCAUUGUGAAUUCAAACACAAAACUGAGACCUCUUAGAUUCAUAUGGCACUUACAGCUCUUUAAAAUUAAAAGGAACCUUAGAAUUUUUCAAUCCAAAAGUUAUUCCAUUUAUAAAAAUUAGAUUUUAAAGGAAAGUUUUUCAAGUACUUCUUUGAGCAAAGGUCAGAUCUGUGUUCAGCAUGGUCUGACAAGAGUUCUAAGCAAUCCGAAGGGUUCCAAGAAUGUUUAAAACAAAGCAAAAACACCCUCAUUUAUUUUAAAGAGCAAAAAUAAAAGCAAUGAUACAUUCAAAACAAGGCAAUAGGAAAUUAACAGUGGUUAAUGUAAUGUGUAUUGUUAUCCUCAAGGUAGCUGCUCACAUUGCAAGAUAUAAGACGCAAAGUUGAUCAAACAAUAUUAAGUACAAACCAUUCUUUUCAACAAAUUAAUAGAAAUUAGUAGUAUAAUUACCUUAGUUAUCAUAUACAUGAUAUAUGUAUGAUUUUCCCUUCCUUUUCUCCUUUCCUCCAUUCCAGCUGUUCUUUCCUUUUGAGUAGUUUCUUUCCCUUUCACUAUAUCUAUUGUGCAUUUGGGAUCUUAAUUACUUUUUCAGUUUCUUACACUAGUGAGACAAUACAAUAUUUAUGCAUGUAAGUCUGAUUUAUUUCUGAUAUGGUCUAGUUGCAUCCAUUUACCUAUAAAAUCCUCAAGUUUAACCUUCUUUAUAGCUGAGUAGUAAUCCAUUGUGUAGAAAUAUCAGAUAAUUUUUAUCCAUUCUUCGGUCAAUGGGCAUUUGGAUUGUUUCCAAGAUCUAGCUAUUAGAAAUUGUACUGCUAUGAAAAUGGAUGCACAUAUAUCACUAUGAUAUGAUGUUUAUAAUUCUCCUGGGAAAAUGCCCAAAAAGGAGAUAGGUGGGUUGAGUGGGACUUCUAACCCUAGUUUUUUGAGGAAUCUUCUCCCACUGAUUUCCACAGUGGUUGUAAGAGUCUACACUUCCAUCAACAGUGAAAAAUGGUUCCUUUUUUCCCACAGCCCCUCUAGCAUUUGUUAUUAGUUGAUUUCUUGAUGAUAGCCAGUUGUUCUGGGGUGAAGUAGAAUCUUAGUGCUAUUUUAAUUUGCAUUUCUUGAAUAACCAAUGAUGUUGAACCUUUUUCAUGUAUUUAUUUGCCAUUUGUAUUUCUUCAUCUGAAAAGUGUAUAUGCAUCUGAGAUGCCCAUUUUUGGAUUGGGUCUUUGAAUGUUUUAACUCUUUAUGCAUUCUGAUAGAAGUCCUCUGUGUGAGAGACAGUAAGCUAAAACUUUUUCCUAUUCUGUGCGUUUGUUUUUUACUCUGUGGGUGAUUCUUGUGAUGUGAAAAACUCUUUAAUAAGAUGAGCUCCAAUUAUUGAUUCUUUGAGGUACUUCCCAUGCAGUUUGGUUUUUGUUCAUGAAGUCUCUGCCUAGCUCUGUGUCUUCAAGGUUUCUACCUACUUUCUUUUUCAGUAGAUUUAGUAUUUCUGUUUUAAUAUUUAGGUCCUCGAUCCAGUUUGACUUUAUUUUAGUGCAUGGUGAUAUACAUGGUCUAGUUUUAGUCUUUGGCAUGGAAAGCCAGUUUUUCCAGCAGCAUUUAUUAAAGAGGCUAUAUUUCUUCUAGUGAACAUGUUUUGCACUUUUAAAGAUAAGGUAACUGAAUGUAUUUGUACUUAUGUCUGCAUCUUCUAAUCUGUUCCACUGCUCCUUAGGUCUGGUUUUUGCCAGUACCAUGCUGAUUUUAUCACAGCAGUUUUGUAGUAUAACUUCAAGUUAUGAUGCCUCCUGCCUUGACUUUGUUGUCCAGGAUUGCCUUUAGUAUUCUAGGUCUCUCCUCUUUCCAAAUGAAUUUUAGGGAUGUUUUCUCUAGAUAUUUGAGGUUUGCUAAUGGCAUUUUGAUCAGAAUUGCAUUAAAUCUGUAUAACAGUUUUGGGAGUGUGACCAUUUUCAUAAUAAUGGUUUUUCCUAUCCAUAAGCAAAGGGUAUCUUUCCAUUUUCUGAUAUCCUCUCUAUCUCUUCUUUUAAAGUACUUUAAUUUUCAGCAUAGAUCUUUUAUUUUCUCUGUUGAUUCCUCAGUUUUUGUUUAUUUUCCUUUUUUAAAAAGAUAGUAUGGUGAAGGGUGCUCUUUCCCUAACUCCUCUCUCAGUGAACUUGUUGUUUGUGUACAGGAAUGUUAAUCAUUUCUGAGUAUUAACUUUAUAUUCCUCUACACUACUGAAUUUGCUUAUUAAGUCUAGAAGUUUUUUGGUAGAGUUUUUAGGGUCUUUUGUUUAGAGUAUCAUGUCAUCUAUGGAUAAUAGUUAUUUAAUUUGUUCCUUUUUAUCUUUAUUCAUUUUAUUUAUCUCUCUUAUAUCACUGCUCUUGCUAAAGUGUCCAAAACUAUAUUGAAUAAGAGUGGUGUUAGUGGACAUCCUUGUCUUGUUCCUCAUUUUGGAGUGAAAGCUUUCAGCUUUUGAGCAGUUAGUUUAAUGUUGGCUGUUAGUUUAUCAUAGAUGGUUUUUGUUAGAUUAAGAUAAAGACAUAUAUUCUAAUUUUCAGUAAGGUUUUUGUCAUGAAUGACUAUUGGGCUUUAUCAAAAGCUUUUUCUGCAUCUAUUGAGAUAAUCAUGUGAUAUUUUAUUGAUAUGGUGUAUUACAUUUAUUGAUUUGCAUAUGUUGAACCAUUCCUGCAUUCCUGGGAUGAAUUCCACUUGAUCAUCGUAUAUAAUCUUCUUAAUGAUUUGCUGCAUUCUGUUUGCUAAUAUUUUAUUGAGAAUUUUUGCAUCUAGGUUCAUUAGGAGAUUGGUCUGUAGUUCUCUUUUUGGGUUGGGUCUUUUUCUGGUUUUAAUAUCAUGGUAAUACUUGCCCAGGAAGGAGUUAGAGAGAAGUACUUCCUUUUCAAUUUCAUUAAAAAAUUUGAGGAGUACUGACAUUAUAUCUUCUCUAAAUUUCUUUUAGAAGUCAGCUAUGAAUUUAUCAGGACCUGGGCGUUUCUUUGUUGGAAGGUUUUUAAUAGCAUUUUCAAUUUUCUUAACUGAUAUUUAUUCAGAAGUUUUAUAUCUUCUUGAUUCAACUUUGGUAUCUCAUGUGUCUCUCAUCUGUCUGUUUCUUCUGUGUUUUCCAAUCUAUGCAGGGAGGCUUUCAAAGCAGGAAUUGGUUACCUGAAUUUCCACAGGAUCUGUAGUGAUCUCACUCUUUUUAUUCCUUAUUGCUUGAAUUUGAGUUUUUUCUUUCUUUUUUUCAUAAGGUUAGUUUGGGGUUUAUCAAUUUUACUUACUCUUUCCAAUAACCAACUCUUUAAUUCAUUAAGUUUUUAUAUUAUUUUAUUAGUCUCAAUUGCAUUAAUUUCUCCUCUGAUCUUUAUAAUUCCUCCUUUUUAUGGGCUUUCAUCUUGACUUGCUCUUCUUUAGAAGCUUGAGGUGCAGCUUUAGUUUAGUUGUGCUUGUUCUGUUUUCCUGGUGUGAGAAUUCAUCACUAUAAAUUUUCCUCUUGUGACUGCUUUAAUGCCUCCCACGGGUUCCUAUGAGUUGUAUUUGCAUUUUUGAUUGUAGAUAUUGUUUAAUUUCUUCUUUAAUUUCAUCUGUGACUCACUAAAGAGAGAGUUAUUUAAUUUCCAUGUUUGGGAGGGUUGUCAUUAAUUUCCAAUUUCAUUGCACUGUGGUCAGAUAAUAUUCAUGAAAUAAUUUCAAUCCCUUUGCAUUACUUAAGCACGUUUCAUGUGUUAGUAAGUGUAUCAUCUAUGUUAGAGAAUGCCUCAUGUGCUGCUGAGAAGAAUGUGAUUCUGAAGUUUUUGGGUGGAACACUCUGUAAACAUCUACUAAAUCCAUUUGUUUAUAGAUUUGGUUCAGUUCUAUAAUUUCUUUGCUGUUUUUUUUUAUAUAAUUGAUCUAUUUUUUUGUCACAAUGGGGUGUUAAGGUCCCCCAUUACAAUUAUGUUAUUGCUUAUUUGAUUUCUCGUGUCUAUUAAUAUUUGUUUUAUAUAAUUGGUUGCUCCCUUAUUUGGUGCAUAUAUAUUUAUCUCUUCCUCUUGAAUUUUUAUCCUAACAAGUAUGUAGUGACCUUCUUUGUUUUGAUCAGUCUUAGCUUCGAGUUUACAUUAUCUGCAAGAGAAUAGCUACCCCUGCUUUUUUUCUGAGUUCUGUUGCAUGAACUAUUGUUUUCCAUCUUUAAGUCUAUGAGUUUCUUUUUGAGCUAAAUGUGUUUCUUAUAUACAGCAUAUUGUUGGCACUUGUUUCUUAAUCCAUCCUGCUAGUUUAUUUAUUUUGAUUGGUGAGUUGAGGCCAUUUACAUUGAUAGUUAUAACUGCUAUGUAUUGACUUAUCCUUGUCACGUUAUUUUCCUGCUGCUAGUUCCCUACUUUCCCCUCUCUGUUUAAUUGCUUGACCUGCUUAGUGGUUUCUUUCUGUUGUUGUUUCUUGAAUUAUGGUUGUUUUUAUUCCGGUCUAGAAUAUCUUUUAAGUUUCCUUUGUAGUGUUGGUUUGGUGGUCAUGAAUUUCUUCAGUUGUUAUUUGUCAUGGAAGUAUCUUAUUUCUCCAUUAAUUUGAAACAUAGUUUUUCAGGGUCCAUCAAUCUGGGUUGGAAGUUGUUUUCUUUAAGAACUUUAAAUACUUCAAGUUCCUCUUGACUUGAGGGUUUGUGUGGAGAAGUCUGCCAUGACUCUGAUGGACUUUCUUGUGUAGGCCUUUCUUUUUCUAACAGCCUUUACUGUUCUCUUCUUGUGCUGAGUUUCUAGAAUCUUGAUUAUUAUGUCUGGGUGUAGACUUAUUUUGGUUUAGAAUGUUUGGAGUUUAUAUGCCUCACUUAUCUGUAUGUCAGGAUUCUUUACCCAUGCUUGGGAAAUUUUCUAUUACUUCUGCAAAUAGUUUUAAGGUCAUUUGUGUUGUCUCUUGCUUUUUCACUGACACCAAUUAUUCUUAUAUUAUUUAUCUUUGCAUCAUUUUGCAACUGUUGAAUUAUUAUUUCCUGAUCUUUUGUCAUUGUCAAGAGGUCUUUUCUUUCAUGAUUGCUACCUGUGAUCCUGUCUUCAAGAUCAGAAAGUCUGUCUUCAAUGUACUGAAGCAAUUUUGCAAGCUCUCAAUGAAAUUUUUAAUUUCCUGGGUAUCUGUUUGAAUGUGUUUCUUUCCUGUAUUGAUUGUUCAGGGUCUCUGUUCUCUUCCUAUCAUCAUCUAGUUCUGUAAUCCAGCUCUACUCUAAAUUUGCUGAGCAAUUCCUUUAUAAAUGUUGAUAUUUCUUUUUUUUAACCUGAGAAAUUAUUUCUAAUCUGAUUUCCUCUAUAACCGCAUUGGUUUGUUUCUUUUCUUUGGUUGUUAUCAUUUCAGAAAUUUCAGGUGUUUCUUCUAUGUUGAUGUCUCCUGGACUUGUUCUGGUAGGCUGGAGGUCUGAGACUGCAUUUUGUUUAUUCAUCUUGUCAUUUUCUAUUUUUAAAAAAUUAUUUUGUUUUCUGUGAUGAUCCUUGUGAGUUUUUGUGAUACAGAGCUAUAUCACUAGUAUUAAGGCUUCUCUAGGAAGUCUCCAAGGAUAUCUUCUGUGUAUAGGAGAUUCUUGGUUUGUGUCUGCUCCAAAAUCCUACUUUCCCAAUUAUUUAAGAGUAGGAUGUUGGUAUCUGUAUGAUUCAGUUCCCAGUCCUUUGGUGCAAGGAUGUGGUAAGAUGAUUACCCCAGAGCUUCCCAGUAUUGUUACAGGGGGUAAACAACUGAUAUAAUAUAUAUGACAUCCUAGCUAACAUAGUAAAAUUAGCAAUAACAAUAGCAUGAAAUACAAUUUAGAAACUGAAAGCCUGUGGUAACUAUUGAUUUUGACUUUAGACAAUAGGAACAAAUCUAUAGUUAUAUAACAGAACUGGUUGUAAAUUAGGAAUUUGUAUGCAGUGUUACCCCUUGGAAGAAUGGUUAUACCUUAUGGUGGGGAAAUUUAGGGAAGAUAGUGUAAUUAAACAAAGUGUGUUGGUUACUUUUUCUCAUUGCUGAGAUAAACUACCUGGCACCCCAAAUUAAGAAGAAAAGGUUUAUUUAGCUCAAGUUUGUGAAGAUUUCAGUCCGUAAUCAGCUGGCUGCAAGGCAGGGUGGCACAUAGCAGAGGGCAAAAGGUUCUGACUGUGGAAAACAGCAAAAGCAAGGGCACAAAAAGGAAUGAGUGCUCAGAGAAGAUUCUUUCUGGCCUUUAUAUUGUAUAUAGGCUACUCACCUCAGAUGAGUGUAACACUCACACUCAUAAUCCUAGCAUUGGGUGAUGAAUCAAUCACAAAUUCUAGAAGCUUUCCCCCAUGACUUUAUAAGGCUUUAUGGGGACAUCCAGGCACAAACCAUAACACAAAGAUAACUGGGAAGUAAGUAAAAGCAAGGAUGGAGGACAAAGGAUGGUCAGAGAACAAAGUUUUAAAAAACUAGAUAGAAAAGAAAGUAUGGUAUAUUUGAGGGAUUAUCUGAGCUUGGUCUCAAGGUUUGGGGGAUGGGAUUAGUUGUCUGUGUCUGGAGUUCUGUCCAGCCAUUUAGAAGAGAAAAAAGAAAGAAGGAAGAAAGGAAAGGGAAAAGAAGGAGGAGGGGGGGCUGGGGAUUUAGCUCAGCGGCAUAAGUGCCUGCCUUGCAAGCAGGCAGUUGUGAGUUCAAUCCCUGGUACCGAUAAAAACAAAAAAGACAAAAAAAAAAAGAAGGAGGAGGAGGAGGAGGAAAAGUAGAAGAAGAAGAAGAAGAAGAAGAAGAAGAAGAAGAAGAAGAAGAAGAAGAAGAAGAAGAAGAAACGAUAAAAAAGAAAAGAAAUUUUUGAGAGAAAAGGACUGAUUACCAAGUCCUUCCAUUAUGGUGGCUGGUCCCAUGGGGGAGAGUCAGGCACCCGAAAAAUAUUCUUUUAACCCUUCAAUGGGAAAUCUUUGAAAAGAAAAAAUAAAGGAAAAUACUAUGUGAAUUUGACAUUCAAUCAAUCCAGACCAGUCUCUAAGAAAAUAAAAUGCCUGGAUCCUCAGAAAAGGAAUAUUUAGCUUUCCUCCAGUUGACAGCAAUUAGGCCCUCAGCAUAUCUACUGCAGUUCUUCAUGAGUGCCUUUUUUUGAUACUAAAUGAAAAGCUUAUUUCCAGUAAAGGAAUACAUACACUGUUUGACAGCUAGUUUUCUCACAAGAUGAGAUCUUCAAGAGGAACAAUAAACCCAACUUGUUCAUCACAGUGGGUGUGGAAGCCUUAGAGUGGGACGGGAAAGCCCCAGCACUGAAGCUAAGAGAACAAAUUAGGCCUUCGUCACAUUUCUGUCACUUAAACUUGCAUAAAGUUCCCUCCACAAACUCAUUGGACUGUGAGCAACACGAGAACACAGACCACAUCUUUUCCCUGUGGCAUCUCUGCUUCCAAAAACAUCUGGCACAGAUUAGUUAAUGUUUGCUGAAUUAAUUUAUGUGCUAAGUUAACUAGUCAAUUAGAGAGGGAUUUGUUUCUCUCCAGCUAUACAGUGCUCACUGUUGUACUAAAAUGUUAAAAAACUAAAAUACUUAGUUAAAAAGAUAGUUAUAAGCAGAAUUGUCAUUCUGUGCUGUGAUUAUUACCCUAGUAACCACGUAAUUGAAGCACCAACCACAUAGUUAUAGAUUAACUGACCACGUUGUCAUGCUGUUCUGUAUGCAUUAUCUCCCGAGUAACCUGUUUGCUGUGUCAACCUUUGUUCCCUUUGUAAGAGACAAAUGAUGCUGUGUCAACCAUUGUUCCCUUUGUGAGAGACAAAUGUUCCUGGAAUUGGCAGACCAAGGGCUAUGAAUUGGCUAACCACCCACUGUGAAAUGCCUCUGACCUCAAGCAAAGGGGAACAAAGGCCCACCUUGUUUCUGUUACUUAUUACUAUGUACUUAAUGGUCAAUGAGCUAAUUGUAAAUGAACUAUAAAAAUCUGUCAAAAUUCUAACCCAGUUGCACAGCUUUGCAAACUCCAUCUGCACUGUGCUGCUGAUACCAUCUUAAAUAAAAGCACUUCUUUUUUUAGAUGUCUUGCUCCCUUCUUGACAACAGAUAACAUCACAGGGCUUGUUUUAGGGGUGCAACAUUUGGAGGCAUGUCUGGGAUUCUAUGGGGACCACUCUCCACAUUAUUUUCACUGAUCAAUCAGCUUGAACCAUCUGUAAGUAUUUGAGUCUUUUGUUCUUUGUAAUUUGAGUGUGCACCUUUGAAGUUGCAGACAAGCCUGGCCCCUUCUACAUUGGAGCGGGACACCCUCCAGGAAAAGGCUUCUAGCCCAUUUGUGAUUUGGGAUUUUUUGUCCUUUGGUUUUGUACUUGGUAUAUUUUUACUGUGGAGUCAUUUGCUUGUUUGAAUCUGUUACCUCAGUACUAACAUUCAGGUUUCUUUUAUUUCUCUUAAACUUUAAACUACUGUUGCAGGUUCCAUGUGGCUUAUUGGACUUAAGGGUUAUAAUGAAUUUAUUUCCCUUUAGGUUGCCAAACCUCGGACAGAAAAACCUUUGUGUCUUUAAUGUUGGUCUUGUCUUUUGUGGCACCUUGUUUAAUGUUUUAGUCCUCAACUGAUUACUUAAAACUUCAGGAUGCCUUUAAAAAGUAUUUUUCUUACUGGUUA